CAUAGUUGUACACAUUGACCGUCGAAAUGGACCGGCUUCAACAAAUUAUCGCAUUUAUUCUAUUAAUUUAUAUUUCAAGCGCUUCAGCACUUUACUUCCAUAUAGGUGAAACAGAAAAGAAAUGUUUUAUAGAAGAAAUUCCUGAAGAAACGAUGGUAGUAGGCAGGUAUAAAGUGGAAGUUUUUGACAAAAGUGCCAACUCGUAUAUAAAAACGAAAGGCGGUCUGGGUUUUCAUGUUGAUGUCAAAGAUCCCGAAGAAAAAACAUUAUUAUCUCGGACUUAUGCCGCGGAAGGUCGUUUCACAUUUACGUCCCACUCUUCAGGUGAACACACUGUAUGCUUGCAUUCGAACUCAUCAGCUUGGUUCGGAGGUGGACAGUUGCGUGUGCACCUUGACGUCCAGGUUGGAGAGCAUGCCAAUGACUACCAGCAGAUUGCCGCGAAAGAUAAGUUGAACGAGCUCCAGCUCCGAGUACGACAGCUCCUGGACCAGGUCGAGCAGAUUACAAAAGAACAGAAUUAUCAGAGAUACCGUGAGGAACGUUUCCGCCAGACAAGCGAAAGUACAAACCAGCGUGUCCUAUGGUGGUCCAUCGCCCAGACCGUUAUCUUACUUAUCACUGGAUUCUGGCAGAUGAGACAUUUAAAAAGUUUCUUCGAGGCUAAGAAAUUAGUGUAGUGGACUUUAGUUUAUUGCUCGGUUCUUCAAACAAUUUUAGCAUCCUUUUGUGGGCAAGGUCUACAUCUGUAUGUUUUCUGAAACCCAUUACAUUAUGAGUUGAACCAAAAACACAUUACUUUAAAGUACAUGUGAUGGGUUUUCGGUUGAACUCAUUGGUGCUGCAAGUCCAAGUUCAAAUGUACCAGAGUUGGUAACUAAAGCUGUUUGAAGGAUGAGAUAGUUGGCAUUCUUGCUGGACCAGAUUACCUCUAGAGAACAUUACCAGUAUCACGCCAUGCUAAAACUGUAAAAUGUGAUAAAAGUUAUUUUGUGUCUGUGUACUAUACUUGACAGAGAAUAAUUUUCAUGACACUGGCUGAAAUGGAGGCGUUUUGUUUCGCUCAUGCGAAAGUCCCUUUGAAUAGGAGCUGGUUCAGCAUGAAUGCUGGGUGAACCACAUCAGAAGACCAAUUAAGUCCUUCUUUGUCAUCUUCAAAUUAUUCAAUACUGAAUUUGUUUAUAACCACUUAGCAUUUUUUUUAGCGGCAAUAGAGUUGCACAGCAAAAGUUGUAGUUGUAUUUGUUGAAAAGAAUGGAGAAAUUUUGUUGACAAGAAUGGAGAAGUGUUGGUCUUCUUAGGUGGUUCUCGAUGUCUGUUUGUCAGUGUCAUUCCCAUGAAAUAUUCCUUGGUGCUUAGCUGGGCCAUUUGCUAUAGACUCAUGUUUGAGUUUGUGACCCGGCUAAGAAUCGGGCUCAAGUCAAAUCAUAUUCGUUAUUUAUGUUUUAAAUGCAACAAUUAUUUGUAUAAAACUUGUUGUGCACAGGGGUUUGCAUCUUUCGUAUAAAGGAGGUUAAGGGGCUUAUGUCUUUUUCUAUGAUGUUUGUUUUGGGUGUUUAUUUCAAUUAUCUCUCUCUGAAAUGGAGUUAAUAUUGUCAUUUAUCCAUAAUACUUGGAUUUAUUUGGACUUCGCCAAUCAUCAGUAUGUUAUAUGGUAACCAUUUUCAAGAUCAUGGUUUACAACUAAAUUUGUUAAUUUUCGCAUGUCAUCAGUUGAAAGUAGAAACGUCUGUCCUCAUGGGAUUAACUCUUUAGCUCGGUGCCUCCCUCACUUUGGUCAACUUUUAGACCUGGCUUUGUAAGUAAUGAUAUAAAUAUUCUGCAAGUUUGGUACACUUCAAGUUGUUGAUUCUUUCCUUUGUUUUAACUCUUGUUUCAGCUAAAUUGUUGAUCUUAGUCACAUUAGGGUAGGUAGUAGUGAUUUUUAAUAAACAAAUAAAUUUGUAAAAAAAAGAUCAUUUAAUUUUAUAUUUCCAUCUGUGUUGUUGAAAUAUUAGGAUGUGACUACUGUUCAUGAUCCGGUAUCUCUCAGAUUAUGUGUCGUUGGACCGGCCCAUGUUUACGAGCUUAAAUAAAAUUUGGCAAUGCUUUGAUUAUAAUUGUUAUUAAAUCAAACGUGUUUGUCACAUUUUCCCCCAAAUGUUGUAGUUGUCUGACUGAGUGAUAGACGCAUAUCUGUCAUUUAUGUAUAUAUUCUGUAGGUUCAUAGGCCUGUUGAGGUGUGGGGCUUGAGGGUAUCUCCUGUUCUGAGCGUUUCGACCAAUGCACCAGGAGGAAUAUUUAUCCUAAUCCUGGAUGAACACCGAUGUUUACAUCUGGCCAGACCUAUUCUAGCUGGCCAACAUCAGUUGGCUUGCAGUGUAUCUCUGGCACUUCGCUGGAAAUAUCCUCGGCCCAACUUUUGGACUGAAUUUGGAAAUGACUGAAUUGUUUCUGGUGUUUACAUACACUGCCAGAAUUGAAAUGAUUGUCAGUUUGUUUAUGACACUGUUUGUCUUAAUCAUGAUGUAUAUGUGUAUCAGUGAAUGACUGGUUGGUGAAUUUUUCAACCAGAAAUGUCUCUAGGUACAUUUUGUGCAAACUGACAUAUUUGAACAUUCGGAUCUUGGUCUUUUUGAGAUUCUUUCCGUUUUGGUAAUGGCUGGGAUAAUAGUUACAAUCCAGGUUGAUCUAAGUUGAUCAGCCUGGUAGGCUAAAUCAAAAUGAUACAGGGAAAUACUAUACCCCAUCUCUGUAGUUGAUAGAUUGCUUGUAGGUAGUUGUUACUGGUGUGUUUUGAUACAAAAUGUCGUUCUUAAAACAAAAAGGGUUGGAUAAGAUAUCAAUUUCCAAAUUUCACAGUGGAUGAAACAUGAAGAUGGCUAGGUUUCCAAUCAACCCUUUCAUGCCUUGUAGAUUCGAAUUCAUAGAAGGCUUGUAUUGAUUCAUGAAAUUGGUUAAAAAAGGCAUUAUUGUAUUAUUUAUUUCAAUUUGCGCAGAAGUUGUCUGAAAACUAAAGGCAUGACAGUUUCUCGGGUAAGCAAGAUAUUCCUGUAAAUAAAAAAAUGGUUAGCAUUGAUGAAUUAUGAAAGGAACCUUUAAUUUGUUAAUUAUCUGACCUUUGAUUUUAUGCAAGAUCAUUUGGCUUGGUGCCUUGUUGAAGGUAGGGAAUGGGAUAGAUUGGUGUCCAUCUCUAAUUGAAUCUCAAUUAAUUGAACUAAAAUCAUAGAUUUAUCUUGAAAAAAUGUCUUCACGUCCAAUGAACAUUGUGUGUAUUGGCCUCCCAUGUAGCAUACAGGUCUUCCAUGUCUGAUUCUGUAUUGCAUCCACAACUGAUUUCAAGUAGAACACGAAAAAAACCGGGCGAGUUCAUAAGUAUACAGGUUUUCUUGUUCUUGUAAACUUAAAUAGUAUUCUGUCCAGUUUGGUAUGAAAUUAGUGUCAGAUUUAUCGAUGAACAUCGAUUCACUCACUUUGCCUUCAAAGCGUAAUGUAAAACAAUGCUAAUUAAAUCUACCAUUUUUGAAGAAAA